GACGCAUUAAAUGUUCGAAGAAGCUUGUACAUAAAAUUCAAGGCUCAGUUUUUAUCCAACGAACCUAAGUUACGUGAUAUUUUUAUGUAUUUCUGCAUCGGGUUGUGCUGAAAGUAGUUGUGUAAAUUUAGUAAGGAUGGCCGAGGAGUUCGCUGUUGGUAUUGAUCUUGGCACUUCCAACAGCUGCGUCGUUGUGUAUCGCUUUGAUCGUCUGGAAACGAUUGCCGAGCCCAGUAGUGGACUACAAAUUAUCCCUAGCUGCAUUGGAUUUGACCAGACAAGUGGAUGUUUUACCGAACUAUUAUACGGAUUUGGGCAAAAACGCAUCAAACUAUUGAGCCGAAAAAUUGUAUAUACAAUGUAAAACGCAUAAUCGGCAAACAGUUCACCGAUAGCGAUGUGAGGAUAGAACAAGGUCUGAUGUCGUAUGAUAUCGUCAACGAAGAUGGUUAUCCUCGCAUUCGUGUUCAAGAACACGGACAACCCGUAGAUUAUUCCCCAGAGGAAAUCAGCUCAAUUUUGCUGACGUACUUGAAACGCACUACCGAAGAGUUUUUGGGAAGCAAAGUCAAAAGCGCUGUCAUCACUGUACCAGCUAACUUCAAUGAUGCUCAACGGAAAGCAACUAAAUUAGCGGCCGAAAUGGCUGGUCUACAGGUGUUGCAGAUCUUGAAUGAGCCGACGGCAGCCGCUAUGGCAUACGGAGCGGAUUUACAAGGUAAACAAAAUUUAUUAGUCUUCGAUUUCGGUGGCGGAACUCUGGAUGUGUCCAUAUUGGAAGUUGAGAAUGCAAACCGUUUCCGAGUUCGAGCCACAGCCGGCAAUAUGCGGCUAGGCGGAGAGGACAUCGAUCAGCGGAUAGUGCAGCACAUGCUGAAAGUUAUCAAGAGCCAGUACGGAAUCGAUGCAAGUCGAGAUGAAAAACUGAAAAUCAGGCUGAAACACGAGUGCGAGGCCGUUAAGAGGCAGCUCAGCUCCGUAGCUUCCAAAAGAAUUGCAAUUGCAAAUUUAUUUGGCACCAAAAGUUUUAUUGCUAAUUUUACUCGCCAAGAGCUGGAAGAUAUCUGCAGUGACUUAUUUGAAAAAACGCUUGAACCCGUUCGGGAAGCUCUCAAAAUGGCAAAAAUGACACAAAAAGACAUAGCUCAUGUGAUUUUAAUCGGCGGUAGCAGCUAUAUUCCAAAGGUCCGAGAACUGUUGACAGCUUACUUUCCCGACGUGCCGCUACGAAAGAGCAUCGACCCCAGUCAAGCAGUGGCAAAAGGUGCCGCGUUGUUGGCCAGCUCGAUAAGUCUAGGUGGAACCAACCUGGAUUUGAAACUAGAAGAUGUGACCCCGUUAACGCUCGGGGUCAAUGUUUUCGGCGGUUUUAUGAGCGCACUGAUACCUAAAGGGACCCGAUUGCCGGCCGAAAACGAACAGAAUUACACAACUUUUAAAAAUGAUCAAGAAUACAUUGAUAUUGACGUCUAUGAAGGAGAAGAUUCUCGGGCCAAGUCAAACCAUUAUCUAGGGAAUUUCAAGUUUUCCGGUAUACGACCCGCACCGAAAGGGGAACCGUGUAUCACAAUUCAUUUCAAGGUAGAUACCAGUGGGAUAUUGAUGGUCACCGCUUCGGAGGGCGCGAACAAGAUGUCGAUGACCUUUAGGGAACACACUCAAGGAGGAGCAGGUUCUAAUCCACCCGACGAUCGCAACACUCAGCAAGCUAAAAAAAGACUGCAAGACGCGCUGGAUAGAGCCAAGCGGGAUGUUGCACGUGAUGAGCAGCGGUUGAUCCGCGUAGAAUGUUUAGUCAUGUGGUUCGAAGCGACGAAAAAUAUCGGCUUCCCUCUGAUGCACUACGAGAGAUGGGGACGCAUUUUACAGGCUAUUCUUUCAUGACCUAGCUAGUAAUUAUUUUGCAAUCAAAAUGUUAAUAUUGAACCCCUAUUCGUAGUUUUUUCCGCCGCAAAGUUAAAAUUUCGCUCAUUUUGCACCUUUUUUUGUAAUACUUACUGAAAUAAGUGCCGUAGUUCAUAGAAAUACCAAAGUACAGUUGAUUUCAAAGAUUAAUAAAUAGUUCGAUAUUGUAACGUGUAAUAAAAAUCAAAGUGUU